CUAGUUUGACACUUGAAAUGUAUAUCGCGUAUAAAAUCCAUAAAAUAGAUAAAUAACUUAAAAGUUAUUCAAAACAAAUGGUUUUGUGACCAGAGUAUUACUCGCAUUUCUUGAUUUAUCCUAGUGAAACGGAAGUUUUUCAUAUUAUAGCUUAUUUCAUUAAAAAAUACACGUCAGCUGUUGAUCUAAACUCAAAUAAAGUUAUUUCGAUAAGGUUUCAGAUAUCUGUUUAUUAGAUACUACUGUGACCUCAUUAUCAAUGGUGAUUGUAUGAUGUGCGUAUUAAUUGUGGUGUCAAGAACAAUCAAAAUAUUGCAGUAGUUUUCGUACCACUGUUUUGGAUUAAUUUCAUUGAACAGAAUUUUGAAUUCUUAUCUACAGAACGGCAAGUUAGCCCGUAGCACGAUAUCACAUUUUAGAUUAAGUGUGGUAGAUAGUCUAUAUCCUUUUAUGGGUUGUCGUAUUUCGUCCUCAAAUAAUGACAAUUUUUCCGUACCAAACACCGAAAUGUCGAACAGAACGACAUGCAAUCAACAGCCAUCGAUAGACUAUAAGGCUCGUUUAGAACGGAAACAAUGUAUGGCAAAAGAAACUCCCGAACCAAUUUACGAUCUGACAGAUUGUAAUUUGAAGGAUGUGCCUUCCGGUGUAUACAUAAUGUGUAAAGUGCUACGGAAGGAAGUAUUACUAUUGGCGAAUAACAAAUUGGCCUCACUUACUGGCGGAGGUUCGCUGGACGACUUGCAAUUAUUGGUCACGCUCAACCUAGAUAGCAAUCGGUUUAAGAAACUACCAGACGAUAUCUGCAAGCUGGAAAACCUCAGGGAACUAUUUAUAUCGAACAACAACUUAGAAAAACUCCCAACAACAAUCAAUCGACUGAAGAAGCUGGAAUUACUUGAUGUAUCCGUGAACAAUUUAACUGUUGUGGAGCAAGUAUCAUUUAUGCCCAACCUACGAAUACUGAACGUCAGUGGUAACGUUCGCCUGACAAAACUGCCGAAUCAGCUGGCAACUUGUGAUAAUCUAGUAGAUAUAGUGCUCGACCAAAACACCAUUACCGAGCCACCGAUGGACGUUAUCGAUGGAGGAACCUAUGCAAUCAUAAAAUAUCUUUCAACAGGUGAAGUCGCCAGUCCGCCAACGGAAAAUCAGAAUGACAUGUUGCAAGCAACAAGCUGCAAAACAAGUACAAUCAACUUCAUCAACAGCGAGCGCGGUGAACUGCGUCAAGCAGAACUUGCCAGAGAGCGAUACGAAAAGGAAAAAAAGUUGUUGGAACGGGAAAGAUUAGCGUACGAAAAAGAUUAUUUAACUGAGAGCAAACUCCACGAACAACAACAAAAAAGGAAGCAAGAGCUGCUACAACAACUUUUGCAACAGCAAAGCCAGAGCGAUUGCCAUGUUUCAAGAUUACAGGAGGAGAAGCAAUCCGAACGUCAACGUUUAAUUAAUGAUAUUUUAAAAGACGAGGAGCAUUCCAGCGAAUUGGUAAAAACGCUACUAUCUCUUAAAAAUGGGCCAGAUCCAGCAUUCCUUGAAUGCGAGCGUCGAGAACAAGAGCGACUUGUAGAGCAGCUUCGUAUUCAGCAAAACGAUUUUCGCAAACAGGAGAUUCUUACAGCUAUGACCGAUUUGCUAGAGAACGAAAUUAACGUCAUUCAGAAUUUCCAUAACCAAAGAGAUCAAUCGUCGCGCAAUAUCCUGGAAAGGGAGUAUGAGACCAAUAAUUUGCUUAAUAAUGUGUUUAUAAACUACGACCGCAACCGGCAAGAUAUUAUAGAACAAAUUAAUUCCGAUGAAGAGAUUCAAAAAUCUGCCGUGGCUGCUCUCAUAGCAAGAAAUGACUCUCGCACAUGGGGUCUUGUCGAGCAAGUGCGUAUUGUUGAGUCACAGCUGGCGGCCCUCACAACGUACGAAAUCGAACGCAAAAAAACUAGCCAAGAUGAUAAAAUUAAUAAUCUCAGCGAACAGAGAUUAAAUCUUACAUAUGUACUGAUGGAUUUGCUCAAACAACAAGAUAUACGAAAGCAGCAACUUCUAGAAACUCUCAAAAUUAUAGAAAAGCAAAAGGAAGGUGAGCAAACAGACUUUUGGCUCAUGCAAUAUCAAAAAUUACUUGACCAUCAACCGACGGAGAUUACCAACGAUACAGCGUCUAUUGAUCCUAUAUUGGGUUAUCAGUUUCUGGAGAAUGGUGUUGUGCAUUGUUUACCAUUUCUGUCUAAAAUUUGGCAGAACCGGGAGAAAGAAUUAUCUAGCGUUAACGAGCAAGACUUGGUCGAUGCGGGUGUACAAAACCCUCUGGAUCGUCGUGCCAUCCUAGCAUCGAUUAGUAACUAUUAUGACUAUCUGAAUCGAAGAAUAGAAUAUCCUGAGGGAGACACUCCGCCCACGACUCCAACAGCUCCACCUACGGAAGAGGACCGUAUACCAGAAAUACCGAGCUCGCCACCAGAGGAACCUUCCCCGCUCGCAAGUGGGACAGUGCAAUUCUCUGAGUGUGUUGUUUGUCUUGAAGAAACGGUUCAAGUUAUCUUUUUGCCAUGCGGACACAUGUGUUGUUGUGCUGGAUGUCAUGUUGAUAUUACCGAUUGUCCCUUGUGUCGAUCGUAUAUUGAAAGGAAAAUAAAAGUUAUUCAACCAUGAAGCUAUACCAAAGCAUAUAAAUAAAUUGAUCAGUGCACAUCUGCUAAAUUCAGCACUUAUGUUUGGUGUAUCUUUCCAUUCCUUUCCAUGCACUUACUUCAAGAGAACCGAGUGUAAAGUGAGCUUCUCAAUCGCCAACAAAACCAAACGAGCGAUUUAUUCUAUUGAAUCAUUUUUGAUUAGAAAAACGAUACAAAGUAUCAAAUGGAAAAACAUAAUAACAUGGAAAUGGGAAAAUACAUCAAAACAAAACAAAAACAUAACAUAAUUCAAAUUCUAUAAUCAUGUUUAGAUGUAGCAAAAUCCUCAAUUAGAAGGCUACAUGUUUUCCAUUCCCAGUAUAGUUAUACCUCUUUGUAUCCUAAUAUUAAAGUUCUAGUCACAAAUUUUGUCAUCAAGUUUUAAAUAUUUCGUGCCGUUAUAAAUAUAUGUUAGUCUAUAUGAAAUUUUAACAUAUUAAUCGAUACAACACAAACAUGUCAUUUUAUCUGUUCUCCCGCAAAAUCUAAAGAAAAAUAGGUAAUUCGAUAGAAAUCAUCGACCCUUAUUAUUACUCAAGCUUUAAACUGUACUGUCAAUAAAACAAAACGUUGAAUUAUACGCGAAUAUAUCAUGAAACACCAAGUAAUACCAGAAGCAUUACAAAAAGCUCAGUACAGCCAAUACAAUGAACGGAAUUUAGCACACAUGUUAUACAUUACAUAAUAUAUAUAGUGCCUUUUGAGAAAAAAAUGCAUUAUGACAUUAAUUUAGACCCAACCAGUCACGAAUACCGAUGAACAAACUAUGCAAUAGGGACUUGUCCCGUAUAAUAUACGACGAUCGCAUUCGACGGCAUUCUAGAUACGCAAUCUUUACAUACACUUAUUACAAAUUAGGCUAUUACAGUUCAUACAAAAUAUAUAGAUCGUGACAAAAAUCACAACAUCGAGCGAUUCUGAUCGAAAAUCGUUGCGUGAAGCGAAACAGAAACAGUUAUCACUAACAUAAGAUAUGUUUAAUAAAUUUGUUAUCAUUUUCCAGAUGUAUUAUUGCUUUAAAAUUUUGUUAGGCACAAAACAAUAAAAAAUCUUUCGGUAAUUGUCAUUA